AUGGCCAGAACUAAAAAGAAAGAACUGCAGAAAGUCAAAGCAGAAGAAGCGAAAAAUAGACGGCAAGCUGAAAGUCUAGGUGGUGCCCCCUGGUGUAAUGAGGAAGCCCCGGGAAGUGCACUGGAGGUCAAGGACAAGUCAGAGAUCGAGCCUGAUGUUUCCAGUGAAGUGAAAUCAGAGAAGAAACCUUUACGUGUCGCGCCGAAAACAUCUAAACAGACUUCCUUAACAUCUUACAAUAAUCACCAUGAAAAAGAAGAAAUUGAAGAGCUGGAAGACAUUAAACCUGAUUUAUCCAGUCUCCCCUUACAUCCAAACGCUAACCUUUUGACCCCUAGUGUGACCCCUAGCUUGACCUCUACUGUUAAAACAGAAUCGUCAAAGAAACUACCAAUUCCAAGAAAACCAGCUAGUCUCAACACAAAUCUCACUUCUCAAAAACGAAAAUCUCCAAAAUCUAAUCGUAUCAAAUCACCUAAAAAUAUUUUUGAAAAAUUGGAAUCACAGGAUGAUUCAGAGAAUGGUGGGGAGAAAAAAGCCAGUCCGAAAAACAAAAAGACAAAAUCACCUACAUUGGCAAAAUCACCAAUGUCAAAGUCACCCAAAUCAAGCAGAGAUAACAGUCCUGAGAAGAAAAAGAGCUCCAAAUCUCCAGGCUCUUGUGGAAAGUCCAAAACAUGUCCUAAACGAAGUCCUAAAAUCAAAGAUGAACUUAGUGUUGAAAAGAAAAGAAUCCGUUCUCCGAAACUUUUAACAGAUGACAUGAUCCUUUUACCAUUGGUGGAUCAUCGGAAAGCGAGAGCUUCGCCUAAAACAGACAAAAAAUCAGAUCCAAAGAAAUUGCAAAAAAAUGAAGAAAUUUCAGCUGUACGAAAGUUAUCAUUUGUUCAAAAUUCUGAAGGUUUAAAUUUAUCAGGGAAUAGCUUUAAAGAUUGUGAAGGAAAAAUAUCAAAUGAAAAUGAUUGUAAGCCUUUAACAUACAGUGAUUCAAUAUCUAGUCUAAAUUUAUCAAAUUCAACGCUAAAUUCAUCUCCUAAUUUAUCUCUGAACGAACUUAUCUCCCGUAUGAACAAUCGCUUAAAGAUUCCACAGGAAGUUAUAAAUUCUGGAAAAGUUGUGAAAUCUGGUCACCCGGAGGAAACGGUGGCAAAACCGGGUAACAGCAGUGAUGAAACUUUACCCGCGUGCGAUAGCCCUGAUUCAGAAAAUUUGUCCACGAAAUUAAAUGACUCGACUGAGUGUUUACCGUCUUGUAGUGCCACACAACCAUCCUGUUCGAGUGUUGUGGUUGAAAAACAAACUCUUCAAGAUGCAGAAGACAGGAUUGACGAUGCUGAUAAGGAUGAACCCCAACUUGUGUCUGGAUUUGAGAAUGAAGCAGAUAGAAAUAAGAUUCAGCCAACUGCAGGCAGCAAAACUCCAGAAGUUUUAAAGACUAGAUUUAUUGGUGAAUAUGUAAUACAAAAACCUGAGGAUGAUAUUUUCCCUCUUGUCAGCGACACAGCAUCGAGCUCUAAAGAUACAGAAGAGCUUAUACCAGAGGGGAAAGUAUCCCCUGAAAAUGCAGACAAUUUAAAUGAAACUCCAAUAAAAGUGAAAGUAAGCUCGAAUGAGAUUCAAAAUAACUCGGAACAGGAUGAAGAUAUUCAAUCAAUGGACACAAGUGAAGGCAUGGAGAGUUGUUCAAAAUCUGCAGGAGAAAUGAAAAAUCUGAACGAAAAAGUUGAGGAAAAGGAAUCUUGUGAAAAUAUUGACAAAAUGGAUGCAAAGGAUGCAAAAAUGGACGUGAAUUUUGCGAACUCAAGACAAACAGACUUAAAAGAAGCAGAGCCUUCACCAGAAUUCGGAAAUAUUUUGUGCAAUCUUUUACUUAAGGGUCGUCAAACGCCAGUUGACAUGGCAACCAGCAAAGACAAAAUAGACAAUGUCAACUUCAAGACAUCAACACCGAAAUCAGUUUUAUUUGAACGUCUGGCGCCUUUAUCAAGCAAUACAACCACACCUAUUAAGAGUUCUCCUGGCAGUGCCGAAAAUAGCUUGACGGAAGUUUCCCCCAAAUCGAAGAAAAACCAAGAAACUAAGGAGCCUUUACCAAUUUCCAUAUUGUCGCGACAUGAAACUUCUGAAGAUAAAAAUUCAGCUUUCUUCAGUUUAGACUUGGAGAAAUAUUUGGCUGUUCCAACCAACAGGUUUCUAGGAUUAGAGAAGAAUACUCUGCCAACUCCGCCCUCGAUCAAACUAGAAAAACAGUCGCCAGAAUUCAAAGCCGACGAGAAGAACGAAUACGAAUGUUUUGAACCUGAUUUUGAUGAGGUGGAUGGAGCUCUGUUCUUAUCAUUUUCUACGGAAGAGGCCUUACAGGCUCAUAUUAAAGUUGAAACGAAAGCAAAAUGGGAUAAGGACACCAGUACAUUUUUAGGAAUAUCUCGAAUGUUGGAGGUACAGAAACAUGAAUCUCACGAGCCAUCAGAGAGUGUUAAAGAAGGGCAGACCCCAACGCACGGUAAAUUAAAGACUCUACGUGGACAACAUAUGAGAUGGAAAAAAUAUCAGAGAUUGUUUCAUAGAGAAUUGACGGCUAUAUUUAAUGCUGAAGAAGAAGAGGAAGAAGAUAUUAAACCCCAGAAAACUAGCGAUAUUACCAAGAUUAAAGGCUGGAAGUUAAAAUUUAAAAAUAAACUCGGCUCACAUUCAGGUAAAAAGAACAAGUCAGCUACAGUUACCUCCCUUGAUGAACAGGAGAAUUACUGGUCUGGUCACGAGGACGACCCAAUAGUGUUGAACUCUUCUGGUAGUGAGGUAGAAUUUGAUGAAGAUGAAGUAUAUGGACCAAUGGUUGUGGAGUAUACGGAGGCGAUGGUCCCUCCUUUACCAGAAAUUCCUCAAUUAAGUCGAGCUUUAAGAAAGAUAAUGAUUAAGAAACUGGGGUAUGAUGAGGAAGAUGAACAGGUGAUAUUGAAACUUGGAGGAAGGAGAGUCAUUGUACAGAAAGGGAAAGAUGGAGAAAUAGAAGAUGGGGAAGACACACCUAAGGAAAAGAAAAAGCGUAACCGACGUAAAAAGAAAGAUUUAGCCCUCGCCAUGUCAGAAACUAUGUUGGAUGAUGCCUUGAGAGCUGUCGAACCCCCAGAAACUUCUGAUAAAGAGAGUGGGGUAGAGGAACUUCCUGAAGAUCUUGAUGAAAAAAUUGAUGACAAUGAAAUUGUCGAAGUUCAGGUUAAGGCUGUUGACCUUGAGGUCAAAUCAGAUGACAUAGAUGUGAAGCCUUUCGAUCAAGAAGUGAAGCCAAUUGAUCUAGAGGUCAAACUGGUACAUGGAAAGUUCAAACUGGUUGACGAAAAGUUCAUUAAGAAAGAGGUCAAGGACUUUGAUGAAAAGUUCAAGGACAUUGAAAUUGAAGUCAAGGCUGUUGAAAUACCAGAAGUUGGAUUACUUGAGGAAAAUGAGGAAGAAGAUUGUAAAGACUCUACUGUAAGAAAUGGGAAAACAGGCUGCGAUAAAUUAGGUUGCCAUUUUGGAUGUAUUUGCCAUCUGUGUAACUUGGCACCACUGGAUGAACCAGACAACCAAGAGCAGACGACAGUUUGUGAUAAAGAAUAUUGUAGACUUGGUUGUAUAUGUGAUAGUCUUGGUCAUAAAGUCAUUGCUUCGCGAACACGGAUACCUCAUUGCGGGAAAGCUAAAUGUAUGUUAGAGUGCAUCUGUGAUAAGAUCAAACAGACGGACAAAACUAGUGAAGUGACACCAGCAAAGGGUGAUAACUCAGUGACAGAUUUAGAGGCAGAUAAUAUUUCUGCUUCUUCAAAGAUGAAUGAUAAAUCUAAACAAAACAAAAGUGGAAAACGCAAGAAACGAAAGUCUGUGGAUGAUUCUGUAGUAGUCUCAAUCGACCAGGAUGACGAUCCUGAAUACAAACAGAAAAUGGGAAAGAAAAGAACAGAACGAUUCAGUAAUUUACCGAAGCGUGAAUCAACUUAUCGUGUUGCUAAGAAUCUGGAUGCUGUGAAUCGUAAAGCAAUGAUGGUUUAUAGUGUCUCAGAAUGUUACAGCGAACAACGCUCCAAUAGAAAACGAAAGAGCGACACAGCGCAGCCUGAAGUGGUGAUAGAGCGAGAUGAUGAUGAAGACCAGAUCAUAUCAAUCCCUGUUUCCAUGCCAACUCAAUCUCCCACCCUGGCAUCAGAUUCUACAGACACUAAGCAGCCUGCUAAAAAAAAAAGCAGAAAGCAGAGUAUGGAGCAGAAAUCAGAUGAGUUUGAGAUGUCUGGAGUGGAAGCAAUCAAGGAUUCUGUUGAAGAGGCUGGAUGUGAAUUAAGCCGUCUGCUAACUAUGGAUCUACCGCUGAAAAAACUACAAGAACUUCAUUCAAAAAAUAAAGGUUCUGUGUUAGAAGCUGUUUUACGAAAUGGGGCAGACGCAGUGAAUAAAAUUAAAUCAGAACCCAAUCAAAUAGAAUCUGGAUCCAAUUUAAUUGAAGAAAGCGGAAUCAAAGUUGAAAAACUGGAACGUCAGAAGCUAUUACGCGAACAGUUAUUAAAAGAACAGGAAAAAUAUUCCUUGAUUUCAGACGCUAAGAGUUUCAUUCAAGGAACAGAGUUGAAAGGAGCAGUUUCGAAUUCUGCUGCCAAAAACCUAAAAAGUGUUGAUUCCAAGCUCAAUGAAGCUCAAAAAUCUCUUGCUCGAAAAUUGGAAUGUCGCUGGCAUACACAAAUGGUUUGUUUGAAACCUCACCAAAAUGCAGCAAAAAAUAGUGACUCAAAACUACCUGAAGAAAUCAAAUUGUUAGAAUUUAUUGCAAAUUGUAAUUGGGAUAUGUCAAAACCUCAAAUUCUCAAACGUGUCGCUCAAUGUUUACGUCCAGGACUCUAUCCAACACCGCGACAAUUAGCCGUGGGAGAUUUUUGUGUGGAAAUUCUUCCUCAAGCUAAGAAACCUCCAAUUAUCCCCCCUGAAUUGAAAUCGAAACUGCCGGAGAUGAUGUACUCUAUCAGGAUUAAAGUGACCUCACGAAAAGAUAUCUUGCCAACCAGCAAACAACCACAAAAUGGUGCUACAGGAGCAACUCCAAAACGUCCCAUUCUGGCGGUGCCGAUUUUAGGAAAAUCUAAUUGUUAUUCCUCAGCAGCUAAUACUAGUGCUCCCCCUGUUUCAGCCUCGAUGCCGACAGGAAGUAUCUCGGCCUUCAGUCGUUUUCAAAUAUCCCAGCCAGGUCAGAAUAAAUUCAAACAAUCAACUUUUGAUACAAGUAAAAAAUUCAGUUUACCCAAGCUGUCUGCCAAUACUUCUGAGGUCGUGGAUCUGACCAAUGAUGAAGCAGAAGAGACAAAAAAUAAAACACUAGCAAAAAAACGUAAAAAACGUGACAAAGUGAAAGACCAAUCAGAGCCACCGAAAAAAAAGAAAACUAAAAAAAUGGAGAAUGUGAUAAAAUCUGACGCAGGUCAAAUUAAGAAUGUGACAAGCAGUGCUAACGCUCCAACAAUCAUUGGUCCGUUUGAAUUAAACGAUUUAAAGAAUUUAAAAACAUCAGAUGGGAAAAGCAAACUUUUGAAACUUGUGUCUCCAAAUGUGAUGGUACCAGCCAAUGCAACAAAAGAUUCGUCGAAAGACCUGAUAGCAGUUCCCAUUCAAAUAGGCAGCCAUUUUAAUCCAAAUAUUCCUACGCCACUGAUCGCUUGUCCAGCUGUUGCUGAAAAUAGUCCGAUUAAUCUGAGUAUGAAUAAUUCUGGAUCAAAAAGCAAAGUUUCUAAAUCUUCCCCCAAAGAUAUGACAUCCAGUGAUGAUUUUAUCAUUGAAAAUGACGUCUGUUCAGAAGAGGAUUUAGAUAUAGGAGCAGAUGAGUUCAGUUUAUCAGAACUUCAGGAUGAUGAUAGCCGGUCGUCUGGUGUCGGCGAUCAUAAUUGGUUAAAAGAUUUUCAAGAGGAAGAUGGCAGCACUAUUAAAAAACACUACCACAAUAAACUAGAGAAGAUCAGAAGGCAGCAGAUGAGAGCUCUAUUUAUUCGUUUGAAAUGUAUCGUUGUUCCUGAUUUUGAACCAACAGGGGCUUUCAAUGUGUUUAAAGAAAAACUUUUACGAGAGGCGACUAAUAUAAUAACAGAAGAAGAGGAGGGGUCGAUAUUGUUAUCAGAGGUUUUAGUCAAGGAGAGAAAGAAACACCAGUUUCUAUUGAAGAAGAUAAUAGAUCUUAUGGAGGAAAUGUGGAAGUCUGGUCUCUCUGAAGAUACGAUAAAAGAAGCUCUGGAACUUCGUAAAGAUAACACUCCAGCUCGAUUGGUUGCUAGGGUCAUUGAAGCUAUAGAAAGUUUUUCCAAAACUCGGAAAAUUGGUGAAAAAGAGAUAAAAGACUCAGAUGUUUUCGACAUGUCGAUUAAAAACUCAGACAAUGAGUUAUCGUCUUUACGGAAUUUAAACGAAUCACAAUCAGUUGGGUCCUCUAGCAUGUCUGAUCAAGCGUCGAGUCUGGUUGCUAAUGGUAACAGUGAUCAAGUAGUGGAUUUAAUCAGUGAUUCGUCCAGCUCUAAUACUAGUCGUUCAAAUACUCCAAUAGAGGGUGCUGAGGGUGUUGAUCUUGAUCAGUUGCCGGAGGACGAACCUAUAGAUCAAGAAUUUGACAUUGAUCCCGCAACAAAUUUACUGCGAGAUAGAAAUGUGAAUCAAUUCGACUGUGAUAACGAGGCUAAGAACACUUCACUGCACAAAAACAAUACGCAGAUUUUGCCAGACCCAAAUUUGCAAGAAUUAAAUGCAAAUAACAAUAAUCUUCAAAAAACACCUUUGCAAGACUCUGAUUUUGCAAGCAGCACAAAAGUCAGUGUUGAUCCAUUGCAAAGUUUCAGUUUAAAUACUUCUCAGGAAUCUUCAACUAUUGCAGCAGACAAUUCAGUGGAAAGGACCGAUCUAGUGUGUGAUGAGAACGCAUCGGUUGACCCAUUGCAUGAUGGGAACAUUGUGGCUCACUCAGUGCAUGAUGGGAACACAACGGUCGACCCAGUGGGUGAUGGGAACAGUCAAUUAAUAUCUGAAAAUGUCAGUGCCUCCAAUCCGUCCUCCAUUUUGAAUGAAAAAGUUUCAAGCCCCUGUGAUAUGUUGGAUUUGAUUGACAAGUCGUUGCCAGGCAACCUUGAACUUUAUGAAGAUAUAAGUGAUAGUGAAAAUACGUCGAAUAUAAUUAGUGCUAGAACGGACCAAUCAAAUAGUCAAAAUAACAAUUUUCAAAAUGGAGGAAUGGCACAGAUUCAUCAGACGACUUUUUCAAACAAUGUUCCAGAAUUUCAAAACGAGGUUCAGUCAUUUCAGAAAUGUAUGGAUCCAUUAACAUUUCAAACUAAUUCAACAUCAUUUACAACCUGUGAUCCCGCCCAACCACCAUUUUCAACCAAUGACAACUCCGAAGAAAUAAACUGCGAGACUGUAAUGAGCGAAAGUGAAAGUAGUGAUGCGUUAUUUAAAUUUAGCGAAUCCUGCCCUCUGUCCCUUAUCAAUUAAUAUUGAUUGGCAUACCGUAUUUAUAUUAUUUUAUUUUGUUUCUCUUCUUUAAGCAGACAUCUUGCAAAUUCCAAGAUUGUCUUGAACUCUUCAACAAUUGGAAUGGGCCAUGGUAGCUUGGUAACCUGAAGAUACAGUGUUUAAUCCAGGCAUAGUUAGAGAUUAUACCUCAGAUUGUUGCCUGGCAGUAAACAUAGAAAAUGUGGCAUGCCCAUCCCUCAUUGACUCUAAUCAGGUCCAAAAAAUAGGAUGUAAAACUCCAUUUCAUUUCAACAAGAGAAAGGAUGAAAUUUAAUAGAACUUUGUAGAAACUUUUAUAUAGCCCUCCUGCAUAUUUCAAAUUCAGUAUUUUACAUUGUGUACUGCCAAACCCAACAAAAGUGUCCUCAAAGUAAUGACUAAGUCAUGCAAUGAUUGUAUAUUUUGGCAGAGUUGGUGAUACACAUAAAGUACUAUCAAAUCAAUAGUAUUUCCAUCAAACAUGCCAAAAUGCAAUCACAGUAUGACAAAGUCUUCAAUUUGAAUAAAGUAUUGGUAGGUUUGGUUGAACUUACUUAUUUAUUCUAUCAAACCUGCCAAAAUAUACAAGUACUGUAUGAAAGUGUAAUUAUAAUAGAGACACUAUUGGUGAGUUUGGUUUCUUAAAUUAUUAUUUUUACCAAACCAGCCAAAUUGUACAACCACUGCAUGAGAAUUGCAUUACAUUGGUGACACUUUUUGUGGUUUUGGUUGAAUUGAAUUCUAGGUACGAAUCCUGCCAAAUUGUAUAACUACAGCCUGCGUAUUUAUUACAAUGUUGACACUUUUGGUUGGUUUGGUUGAAAUUAAUUAUAAGGGUGAAACCUGCCAUAUUAUACAACUACUGCAUGAAAAUGUCUUUUCUUUUUGAUAUUCUUUAGGGAUUUGGUUGAAUAGAACAUUUUUUCUAUCAAACCUGCCAAAUUGUACAACCAAUUGCAUGAAUAUUUCAUUUCUAUUUUUCACUUUUGAAGGAUUUGGUUGUCUUGACGGAAUGUGCAAGUGUGAUUUCUAUAAAUUAAGAUUGAAUGAAUGAAUGAGAGAAACGGAUGAAUGAAUGAUUAAAAGAUAAUAAAAUAAAUAAAAUAACUUAUACUU